UCUCCUGUCAGCUCUCGGCGUGGCCCUCAGUGUUUUCCCCCUCUCUCGUUUGGCUGAGGAUCGGGGGAAGGGAAGGGAAGGGAAGGGAGGGGAGCAGAAGUGGGUGGUCGGGAUACUCUUGCGUUACGGUCCGAGCGAGCGAGAGAGCGAGAAAGAGAAGCGGCGGCAAGGUGUAGUGUGUCGGCGCGUACCUUGAUCAGACAAUACUAAUUGGAUGCUCGUUUACCAGGUGGUUUUCAUCCUUUCACCUGUGUGGAUUAUCAUGGCACAGAACCAACCAGAUGGACCAGAAGAAAAGGACAGAACUUCUACUGCAUUAAAAGAUUUACUAUCUAGAAUUGACCUAGAAGAACUAAUGAAGAAGGAUGAACCACCUCUUAAAUUUCCCAAAACACUUGAGGAGUUUGAAUAUUAUUUUAAUGAAAAGGGACAGUUAAGACAUACGAAAACUGGGGAACCUUAUGUAUUUAAUUACCAUGAAGAUAUGCAGAGAUGGAAUCAGAAACGUUAUGAGGCCCUUGGAGAAAUUAUCACUCACUAUGUUUAUGACCUUUUAGAAAAAGAAUGCCAUCUAAAGAAGGCUUAUCUCCCAGUGGAUGCUGCAGAAGAUGAACCAAAAAGCUUCAUCUUUAUGAGUGAAGAUGCCAUGACAAAUCCUGACAAGUUGAUGGUUCUGAUACAUGGCAAUGGUGUUGUUCGGGUUGGCCAGUGGGCCAGAAGACUUAUAAUCAAUGAAGACCUUGACAGUGGCACUCAAAUACCUUUCAUUAAAAGGGCUAUGGACGAAGGAUAUGGAGUAAUAGUUCUAAAUACCAAUGAAAACUACAUAGAAGUGGAGGAGCCUCAAAAACCUGAGCAGUCCUCUGCAAAUGACACCGAUGAGCCAGUGGAAAAGAAAGAAAAGAAAGAUGACAGUCAGAAGGAGACGAAGAAGCAGCGAAAUAUUUAUGAGAAGUAUCGGAAUCCUCAAAAGGAAAAAGAAACAAAGCACAUCCCUAUCAGGGAUAACAGUACACCAGAGGAGCAUGCAUUCUAUGUCUGGGAUCACUUCAUUUCUCGAUCUUCUGCCAAGAAUGUGGUAUUUGUGGCCCACAGUUACGGUGGUCUGGUGUUUUUGGAAUUAAUGAUUCAGCGAGAAGCAGAAGUGAAGAGCAAAGUGAUUUCGGUGGCAUUGACAGAUUCUGUCCACAAUGUAUGGCACCAAGAAGCUGGGAAGUCUGUACUGGAUUGGAUGCAGGAGCAUUGCCGUAACUGGGUAUCAAGCUCUGAACCAUUGGACACACCAGUGGAGUUUAUGCUUCCAGACUGCCCACGAGUCUCUGCAGAGUGGGUGGACGCUGGAGCUCGGAUUCCUCGAUGUGGAGUUUGAAACGUUUUCCUGACAAGUGGCUGUAAUAAAUGAGAGUCGCUUUCAGAUGGAUAUCUCAGACGUGAAAUUGCGCCCAGCUGGUUAUAUACGCAAACAAAUAGUUUCAUGUAAGACUCUCGACUUGCCGGUUGAUGAAUAGAACACGACAUCGGUAAAUGGGUCUUUAACUCAUUUAGGAAUAAAACUAUUGGCUCUCUAAGUGGAAGACACGGAGACGCCAUGUAUCCAGAACAAGCCGCUAUUUAAAAAAAAAGCAGGUUUAUUAGUUUCCACACCCUCGCCCACAUUUUUGCCAUUAAUUCCAAAUGUCACUCAAUUACAAUGGACACCAGAUAAUCAGUGCAAGAACUGAACGAGCUCUAGCUUCGUGUGUGGAGGUAACUAGAUUUGCUUUAGGGAAAUACUUGGUUCGAAAGUGCGAGAACUUGGAAGGUAAACGUAGUUUUCCAAUUUGCCUGUAAAAUUAAACCACAUUCUUUUCGACAACCACGAUGGAGGCGGGAGACGCCCAAUUGAGUGUUUUAAAAACAAACUACUUUUCAGGAUUAGUCCCAUACCCUUGUUUUCUCUAAAAUCAUAUUGAAUAUAACACCAUGGGAUUCGCCCUAUAGAUUAAAAUCAGGCCGAUCAAAUAUCGUUUUAAUUUGUUAUUUCUUAAAAGCGUGCUGGGACAGCAUAAGAGAAGUGGAAAAGUUAGGCAGUGAAAGUGGGCAGGUGGACUGGAAAUAAAUUAAUUUCGCUCAUCUGGAAGUAUAAUAAAGAUAUAUUUAAGAGAAAUGGGCCACACAACAGGCAGUCUCUACAUAGUUAACUCCCUUGGGGACAUAAGUUUUUUUUUUGUUUUUUUAAACAAACUCCAACUAAGAGUACACCUGAAAACACUAGAUAAUCCAUUUGAGAGACCGAAAUCAGCCCAAAAUAAAAAUGCGGUUAUGGAAUGGAGGGGAAGCGAUGGAUGAUGUACUGAUAUUAAUUUUAAAGUUUCAAAGCAAAACCUCGGAAAAAAUCAAAAACGUAAGUGGUUAAAGGACGCUUAAAUAGUGGAGAAGAGAAGACAAUUGAGUCUUCAAGAUAAAUUCGGUGUGAAAGUCCAGGCGAAGUGGGGAAAGAGGGGAAAGAGAUGUUCUCGGAAUGCUUCAGGAGCCUAUGCUUAAGAAUUCGGAGACGAUGGGCUCUUUUGGAAAGUAUUAUCCUAAUAGUGGGAAAGAUAAGACGAGGUAUUUAAAAAGAGAAUUCGGAUAAACUGAGAUUAGGAAUUAAUAGUUAUGAUAAUUAAGUGGGAAAGGAUGGGAUGGGAUAACGAUAGAAACCCAGUGAAUACUUCGUCCAACAGCUCUAUAAUUUGACAGAAUGUGCUUUCCGAAUUUUAAAUAAUAACAAGUGAAACGUUUCUUCUGAAAGAAUAAACCGUAUUUGCAAAAUGAACAUCAUUUAUUAUAAGAACAAUACACGGCUGGUUUAAUAUUUUAUUAAAAGUACACUAACAUAGUUGAAUACAUAAGCUCAUCCUGUAUUUAAUAGUUAUACUCAUUUCCAGGUUACUUUAUGCGUUGAUAGUGAAAUCACCUCCUUCGUCUACCACCAGAUUCCCUCCCCCAACACGGUUACACCCCCACCCAAAUAAAAAUAAAGACCAGCUUUUCAAUUUCACUUGCUGUGCUCGGGAUAUCUUAUUGCUCCAGCCGCUGCCUCAUCCCACUUCCAAACCAUCCUUUAAAAUGAGUAGACUUUUGGAUUAAUUUGUGAAACAUCCCUCCUUCAUUCAGGCCUUAGAAUUCAUUCCUAAAGCAUGAUACCAAUCCAUUCUCUCAUGUUAACCGUGCUGCGGAGGCAAUGGUUAAAAGUCACGAUGUCACAGCAUGUUAAAUUCUUCUCAGUGAAAUGAUUUGAAAUUAAAAAUUAAAUCACUUGCAAAAAAAGUAUAUAUUUCAAUAGGAAAGGACCAAGGGGGUAUUUAAAUAUGGAAAUUGUAGUGUGUGGGAAAAGUGUUUACGUCCAAAAUUUUCAGAAUUUUGAUAGAAAGGAGACUUCGUGGUACUUAAGGUCAGCUAACUAUCACCAAGAUAAGUAGUUAAAGAACAACUUCCAAGAUAUGAGAGUACAAUCUAGGUACCAGGCCAUAUUCCGUAAAAAUCACAGUUUUUAAAAAAAUCUUGACUACAGAAAUUAAGGUACGGAUUUGUCUCCAAGAUGAUUCAAUUUUGUUUUUUUUUUGCUUCACAUGUAAAUACCGAAAUUGGUCAGAAGAAAAUAUUGUUUUCAGAUGCAUCUAAAAUCCUUUCAAGGCCGCCAUGUUUGCUAUCCUCUGGUACAGAGCCUGGCUUCACGUGGUGUUAAAAUAUUUGAUUGGACUACGACUUUUUCCAAGAAAUGGACUAUCUUUAAAGUAAAUAUGUUCGUCAAUCUCCCACCCCGCCCCCGCCCCCAAUACAGCUGGUGUUUGACUCGGCCUGAAUCAGAAAUACAUCGUCAAACGCAUCAAGUAAAUGUCGGAUGUAGAUAUCUAGAGUUUGAAAUUAACCUUCCGUACCAGUUUAAAUGUUGAUAUUUUGUAAUUAUGAUCUGGACUUUGCUUUUGAAAGGACUAUUAAUAUUUGAAUAUUCAAAUUCAAUUGCAAUGGUGGGAAAACCUAUCAAAGCGAUUCAGCCGCAUUUCUUAAAUAGAAAAUGCAAUUAAACUAACAAGGGAACAUUUUGAGAAUAGAACCGGUUUGGGUUUAGAUUCUGACAUCUUCUUAGUUUCGCAAAAUGUCUGCACAGAUUUAAAGUGGUCGGUGGUGAAAUUAAACACUGUCAGUUAUUAAACGGUAAUAUGCUGAAUGUACAAAUAUGAUUUAAGUAUAAAGAUAGAUGGACUGGCGUAUUUACAUAGUGACAGAUCGGCUAGCUCAGUGGUCAACAGCCAACAGCAAGCCAGUGAGUGCCUGUAGGAUGGAAAAGCGCGGUAUGAAAAGGAUGGCUUUGCCACACAUACUGGGAUCAACUCUUACACCUCACAAUCAGAGCCAUGAAUUAGAAGAGAAUUGUUUAUAAAGGUGAACUCAAACAAAUAAUUAGAAACAGAUUAAAAAUAGAAUUAAAAUAUAUUUUGGAACACAACUACUACUCCACGGUUCCUGACAAGAAUUACCACGGGACGCCCUGCCUACUCUGUACUAACAAGUUUUAAAAGUGUCUUAAUUGGAUUUAACGGUGAAACAAUGAAAAAUCAUUUUCUAUCAGGGCUUUGAUGUCGAUAGGCGGCCGUACAAGGGUUAUGUAAAAGUCGGGUUUGGAGGAACUAGGGGCCUUAAGAGCGACGCUCGCAGCGACGACAGACAAUAAAAAAGGUGUAGUCAGGACACUGAAACUACCCUGCAUAAUGUUAAGUGUAACAAGGUUGCGUGUCUUUUUUAUAUAGUACCUCAUCUUGAUUGAGAAGGCAUGUAUAUAAAGUGUUAUUGCAUACGUUGUCUUUUACUGCCGAUAAACAUGGGCAGGGAAAUGUACAGAGACAAUCCAUUUAUACGUUAAUUAUUCCAUCUAAAAGAGUCUAUGGCCAUCGCCUUGUGCAUCACGCGGCUUUGCGACUAGAAUGUUAAAAACCCCAAGCGGCCAGAGAGCAGGUUCUCGUUAAAUGUAAAUAGAAAUAGAGAGCUUGGAGAGGAAGCAGAAAGUGAACACACACACACACACACACACACACACACACACACAGACACACGCACGCACACACACACACACACACACACACGCACACACACACACACACGCACACACAC